UAUAUUGUUAGGCGGCUGUCAACGUGCACUUUGGCCGUCACUUGUCUGUAGUAGGUGUUGAGUUCUCCACUCUGCAAGAACAAAUUUGAAAUUAAGAUCAUGACUGACGGGGCUUUUGAUGUGAUGGUGGUUGGCUCCUGUAUGACUGACUUGGUGAGCCAGGCACCAAGGCUACCCAAAGCUGGGGAAACCAUCCAUGGACACAAGUUCUUCAUUGGCUUUGGGGGGAAAGGGGCAAACCAGUGCAUACAGGCUGCACGACUGGGGGCCAAAACCGCUAUGGUCUGCAAGGUUGGUAAAGACUUCUUUGGAGACAAUUACAUCCAGAAUUUCAAGGACAAUGCUGUUCACAUAGACUUUGUCAGGCAGACCUCUGACGCCGCCACGGGAGCUGCCUCAAUCAUUGUCAACAGCGCAGGUGAGAAUGCCAUUGUGAUCGUGGCCGGUGCCAACAUGCUGCUGGGAAGUGCGGAGCUGGAGAGAGCUCUUCCAGCUAUCAGUCAUGCUAAAGUGCUGGUGUGCCAGCUGGAGAUCAGCCCUCAGACAUCAUUACAGGCACUACGCAUGGCUCAGGAAAACAAAGUAAAAACAAUAUUCAACCCAGCGCCAGCCAUUCCUGACUUGGAUACAGGCUUCUACAGAGCAUCGGAUGUGUUUUGCUGUAAUGAGACCGAGGCCGAGCUGCUGACUGGUUCCUCGGUAGCUAAUGUGGAGGAAGCACACAGGGCCGGUCAGGAGCUGCUGAAGCGAGGCUGUGGGUCAGUCAUCAUCACUCUGGGACCCCUAGGCUGUGUGGUGCUCGAGGCACCGGAGUCUAUCUCAAAACAUGUUCCAGCUCCUGUGGUGACAGCAGUGGACACCACAGGUGCCGGAGACAGCUUCAUUGGAGCACUGGCAUUUUACAUGGCUCAUUAUCCCACAAUGCCUCUGGAGGAGAUGGCCCGCAGAGCCAAUCAGGUGGCAGGAGUGAGUGUACAGGCUGAUGGUACACAGACAUCGUACCCCUUCAGGAAGCAGCUACCAGCUGAACUGUUCUGAGAGCAGAAGUCUUGCUAACCUGUGAAUAUAACUUAUAAAAUAAGCUGCUUUAAAAAAUUAACAAAAUGAUGAAACUCCUCAGGAUUGUUAAUGAUCCAACUGGUGUUACCUUAAUACAAAGCUAGCUUUAACUUGACUGUCAAUGUAAUGGUUAAAUUAAUAAGUUUAUCUUCACAUGGGCACUACCUACAAGUGACCAGCAUUCAUUUCUGUAAUUUUUUAUUGAUUUCUUCAAUAAUUGAUCUUAACACUGAGCUUGUACAGCACAUCAUUUAUUUAAUUUCCCCAAAUAGAUCAUGUUUCACAAAUGGUUUAGUUGCAGGUACUCAAUUUAAAUAGAAAGUGGCACUGAACCUUAAUCAUUGACCCUGGAUUUGGAUCUUUAAUAGCACCUUAACAUGUUAUUCCAUGACUUAAGAUCAAGACAGUUGUGUUGGACCAAUAAAAUACCUGCAAACACAA